AAAUCUGGACUAAUUCAUCUUUUACCUAUUUUUCGUGGUUCCGCAGGUGAAGAUCCUCAUAAACAUUUAAAAGAAUUUCAUGUGGUGUGCACCGGAAUGAAACCGAAUGGAGUAACCGAAGAACAAAUCAAGAUGAGGGCUUUUCCGUUUUCUUUGAAAGAUGAUGCGCAAGAUUGGUUGUAUUAUCUACCCGCUGGAAGUAUCACUACUUGGCAUGAGAUGAAAAGAUUAUUUUUGCAGAAAUUUUUUCCAGCAUCAAGAGCAGCCAGCAUAAAGAAAGAAAUCUGUGGCAUUCGGCAGCAUAUUGGAGAAUCUUUAUACGAAUAUUGGGAGCGCUUUAAAAAACUUUGUGCAAGUUGUCCACAUCACCAAAUUAGUGACCAGCUACUUAUUCAAUAUUUCUACGAAGGACUUCUAUCAAAUGAGAGAAAUAUGAUUGAUGCGGCAAGUGGUGGAGCAUUGGCCGACAAAACACCUGAAGCAGCCCGAAAUUUAAUUGCAAAUAUGGCGUCGAAUUCACAACAAUUUAGAAAUAGAUUAGACCAUUCGUCUCGGCGCGUCAAUGAGGUAAAUAUAUCUUCUCUUGAAAGCCGACUUGAUGAUCUAACUACUCUUGUACGUCAAAUGACUGUAGGAAAAACAGAGGUAGCGAAAGUUUACGGAAUCUGUUCAGCAGGAGGACAUCCAACUGAUAUGUGCCCAACACUUGAAACCAGAACCAGCAUUCAAAAUCUGGAAAAUCAAAUGAGCCAGAUGGCUACUGCAAUCAAUAAGUUGGAAGCACAAAAUUCAAGUAAACUACCGUCACAAACUGUGGUGAACCCAAAGGAGAAUGCUAGCGGCAUAGUGCUGAGAAGUGGAAAAGAGUUGGAUAUGCCAAUUAAAGAACCACCUGUACCAACACAAAAAGUGGAAAACAGAGAGGAAACGGUAGUAGAAAAGAAUCCUUCCAAAAAGGUAGCGACAGGUAAAUAUCCUCCUUUCAGCGAAUACAAACCUGUUCCUCCUUUUCCUGAAGCUUUAAAACUGAAGUGCGAAAGCAAUGCGGAUUUAUAUGAGACCUUUCGGAAGUGUGAAGUCAAUAUCCCACUGUUCGAUGCAAUAAAACAAGUGUCUCGCUAUGCUAAAUUCUUGAAAGAGUUGUGUACAUUGAAAAGAAAGCAAAAACUCAAAAGGUAUGAAAAAAUAAAGGUAGGAGAAAAUGUUUUAGCAAUAAUUCAAAAGAGUCUUCCUGAAAAAUGCAAAGAUCCAGGUAUGUUUUGUAUCCCUUGCACCAUAGGAGAAACAAAAAUUGAAAAGGCCAUGUUAGAUUUAGGAGCAUCCAUUAAUGUAAUGCCAUAUUCCAUUUAUUCUGCUCUUAAUCUGGGUCCUUUAGAACAAACUGGUGUAGUUAUUCAGUUGGCCGAUAGAUCGAAUACAUAUCCGAAAGGAUUAAUUGAAGAUGUUCUUGUUCAGGUUAAUGAUAAAUUAAUUUUUCCAGCUGAUUUUUAUGUUCUUGAUAUGGAAAAUAAUGACCAAUCUGCACCUAUUUUGUUGGGAAGACCUUUUCUGAAAACUGCUAAAACGAAAAUUGAUGUUCAUAAAGGCACACUGACCAUGGAAUUUGAUGGAGAAGCUGUCCAAUUUAAUAUUUAUGAUGUUAUGAAAUAUCCUGAUGUGGAUUUUCCUGUGUAUUCAGUUGAUUUAAUUGAUUCUUUAGCGCAAGAAAUUUUUGAUGCUGAAGAUGAGUUGGAAGCAGCUAACCAGGACAAUAUUUUGAAAGAAGGAGAUGAACCUAAAUUAAUUUCAGAUGUGCAGAAUACAGUGGCAGCGAUGAAUGAGUGCAGAGAGCUGAAAAAUACGGAUAAUUUAUCUUAUAUUGAGUUGCCAGUAUCUAACGAAAAAUUGAUACCUUCUGUUUUGCAGGCACCAGAGCUGGAGCUGAAACCUCUUCCAAAUCACCUAAAAUAUGUGUACCUUGGAGAUGGGGAGACCUUACCAGUGAUUAUUUCCAGCAAGUUAAUUAAGCAGCAAGAGGAAAAAUUGGUACAGAUUUUGAAGAAGCAUAAAACAGCCAUAGGAUGGACCAUUGCCGACAUAAAAGGAAUCAGUCCCUCUACGUGCAUGCAUCGAAUUCAUCUUGAAGAAGGAGCUAAACCAAUUCGACAGCCACAAAGGAGGCUGAAUCCGCCAAUGAUGGAAGUGGUAAAGAAGGAAAUUUUGAAGUUGCUUCAAGCUGGAGUAAUUUAUCCUAUUUCAGACAGCGAAUGGGUCAGCCCUGUUCAAGUCAUUCCGAAGAAGACCGGCAUCACAGUGGUAAAAAAUCAGAAUGAUGAAUUGGUGCCUACUCGAGUUCAGAAUGGGGGUAUUGAGGUAGAUAAGGCUAAAGUUGAUAUUAUUCAAUCUUUACCUUACCCCGCUAGUGUGCGGGAAGUUCGUUCUUUUCUUGGCCAUGCAGGUUUUUACCGACGUUUUAUUAAAGAAUUUUCACGUAUUGUGUUGCCAUUAUGUAAGCUGCUGCAGAAAGAGGUGACUUUUGAGUUUGAUGAAAACUGUAAAAAGGCAUUUGACAAAUUGAAGCAGCUGCUGACUUCUGCACCAAUAAUCCAGCCACCAAAUUGGACUCCGUUUGAAAUAAUGUGUGAUGCAAGUGAUUACGCCGUAGGAGCCGUGUUGGGGCAGCGAGUUGGAAGGGUGCCACAUGCCAUAUAUUACGCAUCAAUGACCUUAAAUGAUGCACAAAAAAAUUAUUCGACCACUGAAAAAGAACUCUUGGCUGUUGUUUUUGCAUUAGAAAAAUUUCGUUCUUAUUUAUUGGGUACUAAAGUGGUUAUUUACUCUGAUCAUGCAGCUCUUAGGUACUUGAUUACAAAGAAAGAGGCAAAGCCAAGGCUUAUAAGAUGGGUUCUGCUGCUGAGUGAAUUUGACCUGGAGAUCAAGGAUAAAGCUGGACAAGAAAAUCGUGUUGCUGACCAUUUAAGCCGUCUGGUUCAUGUUAAAACAGAGCAGGAUCUGCAGGAGCAAUUUCCUGAUGAGCAAUUAUUUUCAGCAAGCUGCAGGCUGCCUUGGUACGCACACAUGGUGAAUUAUUUAGUUACUAACACACUGCCAACUGAUUUACCUAAGGCUCAAAGAGAUAAACUAAAAAAUGAUGCAAAGUAUCAUGUAUGGGACGAUCCAUAUCUAUGGAAACGUUGCGCUGAUCAAAUUAUUAGAAGGUGCGUACCUGAAACUGAAAUUUCUUCUAUUAUUACCUUCUGCCAUUCGUAUGCUUGUGGAGGCCAUUUUGGAGCAAAACGGACAGCAAGAAAAAUUCUGGAUUGUGGAUUUUUCUGGCCAACUUUAUUUCGAGACACGUACUUAUUUUGUAAAUCUUGUGAACGCUGUCAGAAAACAGGUAAUAUUUCGCAGAAAAAUGAAAUGCCUCAAACUCCUAUUUUAGUUUGCGAAAUUUUUGAUGUUUGGGGUAUUGAUUUCAUGGGGCCUUUCCCAUCUUCGUUUGGUUACGUCUAUAUUUUAUUGGCAGUUGAUUAUGUCUCGAAAUGGGUAGAAGCGAAAGCUACCCGAACUGAUGACUCUAAAGUUGUUUCAGGUUUCCUUAAAUCUAACAUAUUCAGCAGGUUCGGCAUUCCGAAGGCUCUAAUUAGCGAUCAAGGAAAACAUUUUUGCAACCGAACAAUAGAGGCGCUGCUAAAAAAAUAUGGUGUAACACACAAGAUUGCUACGGCGUACCAUCCACAAACUAGCGGACAAGCUGAGGUUUCGAAUCGAGAAAUUAAAUCAAUUAUAGAGAAAACAGUUGGUCCGACCAGAAAGGAUUGGAGUUUGCGAUUGGAAGAUGCGUUGUGGGCAUACAGAACAGCAUACAAAACGCCAAUUGGGAUGUCGCCGUAUAGGUUAAUAUUCGGUAAGGCCUGUCAUCUUCCAGUUGAAUUAGAACACAGAGCAUAUUAGGCUGUCAAGCAUUGCAAUAUGAAGUUGGAUGAGAGUGGCGAACAUAGGAAAUUACAGCUGCAAGAAUUAGAAGAAAUUCGCAAUGACGCGUACGAGAAUGCUAGAAUUUACAAGGAGAAAACAAAAGCUUUCCAUGACAAAAUGAUUUCCAGAAAAGAAUUUUCACUUGGCCAAAAAGUUCUCCUUUAUCAUUCAAGACUUCGAUUAUUUCCAGGUAAAUUACGUUCUCGUUGGAUUGGGCCGUUCGUUGUUACUAACGUUUUUCCUCAUGGUGCAGUGGAGAUUCAGAGCUUAACGACAUCGAAAGUAUUUAAAGUUAAUGGCCACAGACUCAAAAUGUUUUACGAAGGAGUACCGACUGAAAACGUUGGAGAAGUGGAGCUGAAAGAUCCCAUGUACAUGGAUGAAUAGAUGAAGGCAUUACGUCGAGCCGACGACUGUAAACAAAGGCGCUACUUGGGAGGCAACCCAAGCUUAAUUUUGAUUAAUGUUUCAAUUUUAAUUUUCUCAACAAUUGCGUUAAUUUCGGUUUAUGUGUUCAAUCUUUCGUUUUAAAUUUCGG